AUGGACACCACAGGCAAAACAAUCACAUGCUGGGCAGCCAUUGCCUGGACAAAAAAUGUUCCUCUUUCAGUUGAGAAAGUUCAAGUUGAGCCACCAAAGGCUGGGGAAGUUCGUGUUAAGAUGACAUCUUCUGGGAUCUGUGGUUCCGAUGAUCAUGUACUGAAAGGAUUAAGCCCAAUGAAAUUUCCUUUAAUCCCAGGCCAUGAAGGAGCUGGGAUUGUGGAGAGUAUUGGUGAAGGAGUGUGCUCAGUAAAACCAGGAGAUAAAGUCCUCACACUCCCUCUUCCACAAUGUAGAGAAUGCAGUGCCUGCUUGCACCCCAAGGGAAACUUCUGCGAGAAGCAAGAUGUUCUACCUUCUUCUGGAUUAAUGCUGGAUGGGACCAGCAGAUUCACCUGCAGGGGAGAAAAGAUUUAUCACUUUUUCCGCACAAGCACAUUUGCUGAAUAUACUGUUGUGCAAGAGAUUGGGGUGGCAAAAAUUGAUGAUGCCGCUCCCAUGGAUAAAAUCUGCAUCAUAAGCUGUGAGGUGCCUACAGGCUAUGGAGCUGCUGUUCACUCAGCCAAGGUGACUCCUGGUUCUACUUGUGUGGUCUUUGGACUUGGAGGAAUCGGCUCAGCUGUCGUCAUGGGCUGUAAAGCCUCUGGUGCUUCUAGAAUCAUUGGGGUUGAUAUCAACGAGGAGAAAUUUCCCCAAGCUAGAGCAUUAGGGGUCACUGAUUGUAUCAACCCCCGGAAACUCAAGAAGCCUGUCCAGGAGGUGGUCAUGGAGAUGACAGGCAUUGGUGUUGACUUUGCUUUCGAGGCCAUUGGACUCUCAGAUACCAUGGUUGCCGCUUGGGAAUCCUGCCACCUAAGCUAUGGUGUCUGUGUCAUCAUUGGAGUGACUCCACCAAACACACCAUUUUCCCUCGAUGCGGGGAAUGUUUUCUCUGGACGGACACUGAAGGGCACAUGUUUAGGCGAUUAUAAAACCAGAGACAGUUUUCCCCAACUAGUGACUGAUUAUCUACAAAAUAAAAUUAACAUAGAUCCAUUAAUAACACAUCAGCUGCCUUUUAAUCAAAUCCACAAAGCUUUCGAGUUGUACCGUGCCGGGAAAACCAUCCGAUGUGUUCUGCUGUUCUAA